UUAAGACUGCAAGCGUUUCCUGAAACCGCGUUCGCAGGAGACCUGGUUCAGGAACGCGGGCUUCGUUCUUCUCUCCCAGUCAGACUCCCCUUCUAUAUCGUGUUCUGCUCGUCUAUCAGUACGAUUGACGUCCUCCUGUCAGAGCCCCGCUGACUGCAUAGCAUGCUGGAGUUUUGCCAAUCAUGGGUAUAGAAAAGGAUAUCAAGAAGGUCGACGAGAAGCCGUCGUACCUGAAGGACAAGGGCGCCAAAAAUGCGAUCGGUGCAAACCGGGGCCCCUUGGGUGUUGGAGAUUCAGUAAGUGAGAUCAAUAUCGAGCAUCUCGAGUCUGCAGAUAGCGAAGCGAGUAAGGAGGAGAAAAAGAAGAAGGGUGGAUUCAAACGUCAUAUGCGACGAUUUUGCUUCUGCUACCUCUUGUUCCUAACUAUCCUAGGCGCAAUCGCUUUACCUAUACUGUUCCUCCUUAUCAUUCCUGCUGUAGCUCAGGAUGUGCUGAACUCCUCCAAGCUGGUGCUCGUUUCCGGCGAGGUUUUGGACCCCAAGCCGGACUCUGUCCUACUGACAGUAAUAUCUGCUCUGAAUCUGAAAGGAUUCACCGUCAGGACAGAACCGUUGACACUCGACCUCUUUAUCCGCAAACUGAGUGAUGAAAGCUUCGCCCAGGUCAAUAUACCGGCAGCGAAGGUUCACGGCAACACAACACUUGGCGUCACAGAUCAGCAUACGCCUAUUCUGUAUCAGCCAGGGUGGCAGCAAUUCGUCGAGAAUGUCCUAUUCCUUGAAAAGGGUUUGGUGUCGGUCAGAGGCAAGACAACCGCGUAUCUGGGAAAACUCAAGUGCCCAGUGUGGUUGAACCGCGACCUCGAAACGCCUAUGCUUGGUAACUUUCCUGGGUUCAGCAUUGCGGAUACUACGCUUCUCUUGCCGAAUAAGACGGACGGCACAAAUCUCGUCGCAAACGCGACAUUGCCCAACCAGUCGAUCUUGACAAUAGAAAUUGGCCGUGUGACUUUUAAUAUUCUGAGCGGAAGCCUGGUUAUUGGAAAUGCAUCAAUAGAGAACCUUGUGCUCAAACCCGGAAACCAACCCCCGUCACCAGUUCGCGGCAUUUUAGAUGUCCACACAGUUAUCGCCAACCUCGGGCAAGUUCUCUCUACCCAAGCGGAUGCAAUUCGACAAGGGUAUCUCAACUUGACCAUCCAAUGCACAGGCGAGAGUAUGAACGGCGAAGUGAUUCCCUACUACGACAAUGCCAUCAAGAAACUCACUCUCACGGCCAAAGUCUCUAUUGUGGGCUUCUUGGCCGACACAAUCCAUAACAUUCUCCACGGCAAUGGGACCAAUCUCCUGUCGGGUCUCACUGGAAACGGGGGUAGUGAGCUAUCGUCCCGCAAGUCGUUCAGCAGCGAUACAGACGGGGAGCCUGAUAUGUCAAGACUCUUCAGCAGUAACAGUACGGCACUGUUCACGAAACUAUUGGAACCUUAUGCACUAUGAUCAAGACCUACGAACCGUCUGGUUUCUUUCUACAUAUUAGUAAUUUUUAUGCGGUUUUGGUGUUGCUU